AUGACGGACAACCCCAAAGUUAUCGUCCCUAGAGGUACCAUUUCCAACCGCACCAUCUAUUCGGCGUCGUAUAUCACCCAAAAGCGCCCAAGGAUCGUUAGGACUGAACCCAUUAAUAUGCGUAACGGCCAACGUACCGAUACUGGCGGCGCCAGCCCAUCCGUCCAGCGUACCUCUACCCUUCUUCCUAUUUCUCCUACUCUUUUCAAAUCAGUCACAGUUGCUGUCGAGGCCGAAGACCCUGCUUCAAGUAUUACCACCAAACCAGAUACCGCCAACACCAACAUCGACGCCGACACGGCCAAUGUCACUGGCCAUAAGAUGGAUGCCAACCCUUCUGUCAUUUCCGCGCCCAGCGGUACUUCUUCGCCUCAAGACACCACACCAAGCCACGCCUCCCCGGUUAAAGUCAGCAGCGAACCGGCCGGUCAUUCUAUCACUAGACGUAGAGUCAACAGAACCGUCAGGCUUAUGCCAGAGAAUCCAGCACAUUCAGGAUGCAUCUAUUUUGGCAGAGCACGUUUACACCAGGGUUGA